AUGGAAAUGAGCCUCCCCGGCGGCGCCGCGGCGGCGGCGGCGGGGGCGGCGGCGGCGGCGGCGGAGACCUGCCGACGAGGCAGCGGCGCUCUUGCGGGCCGCACACAAUGGUCAGCGCAGCCCCCGCGCUGGAACAAUGGGCGUCGGCGGCGUCCCGCGCAGCGCCUGCGUCGGUCCUGGCCAUUACGCGGAUUAGCCGCCGCCACCGCCCCCGCCGCCUCCACCGGCCGGCCACGGGUCCGACUAAUGCCGGCCCAUUACACGCGCGCCUCGCCCGGAUUAAAGGUAAUCACGGGGAAAUCUUUUGCCUCCACUCUCGGAGCUUUGUCGGAGCUGCAGCUGCGGAAUAACAGCUGGACGGCGGCCAGUGGUGCCCGCUCGUUACCAUCCACCGAACGAGCCGGCGAGGUAAAAGAGGGCCUGGAAAAAGGAGCGGAAAUAAAGGCGCACUUAGCUCGGCCAGCGGCCGGAAGAAAAAUGCCGUGCCGCUGA